ACAGCUCCAAAGUUGCGCUGUUCAAAUAUAAAAAAUCACACGGCAAUGCAAAUGUCGCAGGUCGUGGAUUAUUUUUAAACGAGAAAAGAAACUUGGCCAUAGGAGUACAGUCUACUGCAAGUUUCGACACGAAAACUUUGUUUUCUCGCUUGUAUCGCGAAUAAUGUGAGGGGGAAACAACGGGCAAAAACAGUUUUAAUCUCUGGAACAGUUUAGUUCUGUCAUUCAAUUUAUUUAGUAUGUUUUGUCACAUAAUUGUCCCUUGUAAGUGGAUUCCAAUAUCACCUACAAAUUUAUAGUUUUGAUGUUAAAAUUCCAGUCUCGGGUCAAUUCAACUGGGUUUUACCCAGACCUGUUAUGAAUGAUCUUGUUGAUACAGAUUUGCAACCUCAUCUAUACCAAGAGCAUGUACACAGUAUUUACUCUAUCCGAUCAAGUACUGGUGACAUAAUAGCAUGUAUUCGUGGUGAACGUGAUCUUAUUGGCUAUAAAUAUGACGAAUCAACAGGAAAGUGGCAAGAGUACUGGAGUGAGAGAGUUUUUAAUAAACGAGGUGAUUAUUCAGCAGCUCUUUACCCAUGGUUAGUAGCGGAUAAAUUACUGCCUAACACAGAUAUAAUAGUACUAAAACAUCCGGAUGGUAUACGUUUUUAUGAGAUAGACUCAACUAAGCCAGGAUUAAAGUUACUUAAAGAAGAUGGACACUUCCAUGAUGUUUACGGUUAUACUUUAUUAUUAGGCAGUUUUUAUUCCAAUAAAGACUAUAUGGGGUUAAUGACUCGUGACACCAAUAGAAUAGUAAAAUUUUAUGCAGCCACGAGUGAUAGUUUCCUUCCUAACAUAAGUUAUCCUCUAUUUCCGUUUGAUAACAAGUUAUCUUUGACUUCUGCUUGGCGUGCUAACGAUACCGAUUUCUUUGUGACCAAGUUACAUCAUAAUAAUAUAGAAGUAAUUGGAAUACGUACUGCUAAAAGGUUAGAAUUCUAUCAGUUUAAUGCUGAUUAUUUAUUGGAAAAUAUUAUUAAUACUGAGCAAAUAAGAAAAUCUCAUAACAGCAUACAAGAUCGCAUAUUUUUUGCUGACUUAACUCACCAAACAUAUCAAGAUAUUUUACACUUAAAUGAUAGUGGUUUAUUUAUCUAUAAGUAUGAUCACAACAAACAAGAUUAUAAAUUUUUGCACCAUAACACUGAGUUUACGCAAUCACGUGGUUGGUUAUCAAACUAUAGUGGCUCUAUAAGUUUAUUGGAUAUCAACAGUGAUAAUCGUCAUGAUCUACUCUUUACUGGACCACAAGGGAUCACAGCAUUGAGUUUUGAUUAUGUUUCUAAUAACUGGAAAACUUUACUCAGUUCUGAACAAUUACCUGGAUUACAACGCUAUGCUACUAUAAUUGGCAGCUUACCUGCAAUGCCACCUGCAGUAUUACAACCAUCAAUAUUUAUUCAAGAUACGGAAGGUAAGGUACAAUGGGCUAAGAUAGUACACGCUCAAUAUGUUACUACUAGUAUAAUGGCACCAACUAGCACCACACAUGAAACUCCUAUUAUUCAAUUUCCUAGCCAAAGGCGAAACAGUGAAGAUAUUUUAGUGCCAGACCAAAUUGCUCGUACUAGUCUUUCUGAGAAACCUAUACUGCAUUGGGCAGAACAGUGGAGUGAUAGCUUCCUUAAGGAAGCCGUAGAUAUUGCUAGCGGUCAAGUUCGUUUGAAUAUACCUUUAAUAGAUAUCUUAUCUUUAACUGGUUGGGGCGUACAAUUAACUCUUUCUUAUGAUAGUCAGGUUAGUACAUCUGAUUUAUUGGGAGUAGGAUGGUCAUUACCUUUAGCACAAGAUUAUAUAUUUGUGGAUUAUCAAGGUAGUGUUAUCCCUGACGAUGCUCGUUACUAUUUAAUGAUACAAGGUCGUCCACAGCUUCUAAAACUGACUACCAAUAAGAGAAGGGUACAGCGCUUUCUGUUAGCUGAAGCUGAUAAUGGGGCAUCAGCCGUGACUAUCGAGUACCAUAUGUCAGAACAAUAUUGGCUGAUUGAAGGGACAGCAGAACAAACUAUAUAUGGCAAAGCUAGUAAUAUUAUAGCUAAGGAUGCCUUGUGGUGGAGUUUGGGUUGGUCUAACUGGCGUGGUCCUGGUCGUGAUAGAGCACAGCAACAACCAUUAAUAACUGCGUGGUACUUAAAUAAUCGUUUUGAUAAAAAUAAUCAAAAAGCACUUUAUUACUAUUAUGAAAUAGAUAUAUCUAAUAUAAAUUGCGGUAAAGCAUAUAGUUCUGCAUUACGUCUUAAAACUAUUAGCGAUAAUCAAGAAAUGCAGCUAACUUUAGAUUACUCUCCUAAAUCAAGGUCUGAAUAUACAGUACCUAACCCUAUAGACGACAAGGGUAACAUUAUCUUUCCUAUUCCAAAUGCACAAUCACAUUAUAUGCAAGGGUAUAGCAUUACUACUUCUGCCUAUAGCCAAGUUCUAAAGUUUAGUUAUCACAUCAAUAAUGGUAAACGACUUUUAACUGCUAUAGCGCAACAAUUAUUAUCACACAGUACUCCUAUGUUACAAUUUAGCUAUCAGCAUUUAUUAGAAAAGCAGGUACUUACAAGUUGCAAGUUACUACCACGUGGAUCAACAGUUAAUUUUAAAUAUGACUCUAUUACUCCAGCCGUUCCUAGUAUUGCACAUGAUAACAUCCUUAGUUACCCAAUUGGAGAAAAAGUUAAAAUAGCUUAUGGGCCAGAUUAUACUGUCAUGGCAUACCCAUAUUUUAACCCGGUAGCUGGUAAAGUGAUUGUACGCAUUAUGAAUAGAGAAAUGACGCAAACCGUUACUGAUUGUGCAGUAUAUGUAAGAUUCUUAAAUCCAUCAGCACGCUCUGCAAUCAAAGAUUACACUGUACAUGCAUAUUCUAAUUCAUUUGUGGUAUUUGUAGAAAGUGAUCAGAAGGAAGGACUAUAUAUAUUUAAUCGCCAUAAUAAACAAACCUGGUCUACAGUACCUACUGUUUAUAGUUUUAGUAACAAAGUUUUAGUGCGAUUCGGUGAGACAGUGAUCGCUGCAGCAGAGCCUAAUCAAAAUAAGAUUGUGCUAUUUGAGCGUGGUGAUGAUCAGUCUGGUUGGAAUGAAAAAACACUUUCUAUUCCUAGAGCUAUGACAUUUCUUGCUUUACAUAAGCGACUAGUCGUUGGGUAUGACGAUAAUCAGUUAUGGCUAUUGCACCAUGAUGGUCAAUAUGGUUGGCAACGUAAAGCGUUAGGAUCUAACCUGCCAGGAUUAUCAGCUAUGAAUCGUAAUACUUUAGGAAGUUUUGAUUUAACCUCUGAAAUUCUACAGCAGAUUUCAACUGCAUUAGAGCAAAAUGGUUUACAAAUUUUCACAAAUUUUGUUUUGUUAAGUGCAUUACAAGAAAAUAACGGACAACUUUUCUCUCAUAUUCACUUAUUUUUACUUGAUGCACAACAUAAUGUUAUAACAAAGCAAUAUUUUAAAAUCAAGCGUGAAAAUCUCUACAAAAUUACUCGUGAAUCUAAAUCUCAAGACCAAAAAGUUAUUUAUAACUUGGGUUAUAUUCAAGAAGGAGGGAUUUUUAAAGUAAGAGUAAAAAGUAUUUCUGGCAAAUUUUUUGAAUAUAUUAGCAAUAGAAAUAGAAGACAAGAUGCAAUAGAUCAACAAAAAAGUCAUCUUAAUCAGGAUCAGGAAUUUCAAAAAUCUGCUAAAGAGUAUUUUUUCUUAGAUUGGAAUCUAUAUCCGGUUCAGAUUAGUCAAUAUGGUGCUUAUUGUGGUAAUGAUAUUUUAUUACGUACUACAGGUACCGGAUGGGAGAAAGAGUCAUUAUCUCAUACAGCACAAAGAAUUCGUUUAGGACAAAACUUUAUUUUAGAAGCAAAUGAUAAUAAAUCAUUGUUAAAGUUAUAUAAGCAGGACAAUAAUAAAAACAAAUUUGGUAAACCAAUUAAAGAGUUGCAAUUACACUCACCUGAUCAGUUGAUUAACCGAUAUCCUGCUUAUAUAGCAUACCAUUCAGAACUAAAUUUAGUUAAAGUAUUGAUUUUUCAUGACGAUAAAACAUUAGGCCAGAUUCAUACAUUUAGCAAUGAACAACUGCUACAAGAGAGUGAUUGGCAAAAUUUAGUAACAAUCGCUAAUUCUUCAUCAAGUACUACGGUACAUGCUGAACUGCAAGAAUGCAAAGUACGUCCUAUAUCUACUUUAACUAAUCCUAAACCACAGUUAUUUGUCGGUCAGAUGAUGAUUGCUGAUGGUAAUAUACAACGGUUAACUGGUUAUCAACACUCGUUUAAUAAUAGUCGACAGGAAUUAACUUAUUCUGAAAAAGUAACCAUAAUUCCUGGUGAUAACAAAAAUUUAUAUGGUUGGUAUGAAGUAACACGUUCUCGUCAUGUGAGUAGCGGUAAUAUUACUAAAACUGAGCACUGGUUUAAUGCUAAUGGUCAAGAAGUUUUAAUGCCGCCUAAGGAACAAUCUGAUAAACAAGAUAUUAAUACCGCCAAUGACGAUUCUGAGUCCAAUAAAGGAUUAUUAUUAGACCGCAGUGGUAAAUGGCUAAUUAGCGAUAUCUCUCCCUAUAAAUUAGCAGAUGAAAUGAUAGCUUAUUAUGGUGUUGAAUCAUAUGAAAAUAAUCACAUCGGUAGUUCAGAUAGUAAUGGUGUUACCAAAAUAUGGAAUCUUAAUAAAGCCAAGAUAAUUAAAGGGAAGUUUGCUUUUACUGGAGAGAAUUAUUUACAAUUAAGUCGGUCAGUAACAGAAAGUCAAUCGUUCUUAGAAGGGGUACUACAGCCACGUGAUCAAGAAACUACUUAUUUAGCUGCUUGCUGGAUACGUUGUAGUACACUACUAGAAUUAAAUAAGCCUGCACAAUACCUUAGAGCUAUUAUCAGUACUAUUGAUGGAACAAAGGUUAUUCCCUUACUUGCUGAAACUAAACAUCAAAUAGGUGAUUGGUUUUAUCUAGAACUACCAAUCAAUUUUCAGGUGGUAAAACAGAUUUAUAAAGAUUAUGUGGAUUAUAAUGCAACCAGUAAUACUACUACUAUAUUGCCAUCACCUAGCAAUGCUCAGUUUAAGAUUACUUUACGGGUUGAAGCUCCAUAUGAUCAAACAGUUGAUCUUGAUCAUAUCCGUUUCUCACCCCUAACUCAUGAUUUUCAAGCGAUAGUAUAUCAUCCAUUAACUGGCAAGUCGACAGCAUUGAUUCAAGCAAAUGGUUUAGUAUAUAGAAAUAUUCAUAAUCGUUUAGAACAAGAAAUUGCUAAUGUAGACGAAGAAGGACAAUUAAAACAAUUCUCUUCAUCUAGUAAAACAGGUAAAUUAGUACCCCUUCCUCAGGGCAGCAUUAUUGAUGCUAAACCUAACACUUUAACUUUUGAACCAGAAAAUGGUUUUUAUGAAACUUUUGAUUCAUAUGCUUUACGUCAUCGUUGGCAGCUAGAUAAUCCGCAUGCUUGGAAUAUCGCACCAAGCCAAUUAUGGCAUAAACAAUCGGGAAGACAUCAAAUUAAAGCGAGUAAUCAUUUAUUUAAUAGCACUAGUGCUGCAAUCCGCUGCUAUUUUGCGUUACAGCAAUCACAAUCCUCUUUAUCAUUUAAUUGGCAAGGAAUUGGCAAAUUGGAGUUUAUGCGUCAAUCAGAUGAUUUGGCUAGUUUAGUUUUACCAAAUGGCUAUACCAUAGCUCCGUUGCAAUCCGCUGGUGAAUUAAUAGUAAUGCUUGAAGAACAUUAUAUAUGGUUGUGGUUAGAUGGCGUAUUGUUGCUGGAUCAAGAGUUAUCACCAUCAAGAAUCAACUCUAAUGAAUUUACUUCAUGGUCAUCAUUUUCAAUGCAAGUGCAAAAUCAAGUAUUGCUUGAAGAUAUGUUAGUGAUGAAUCGUCCUCAGGUAAAAGUGCAAUAUUACAAUGCUUUUGGUGAAAAGACUCAAGCGAUUCAGUUAGAGAAUGCCGAAACAUCGCUAGUAACCGAGACAUUAUAUGACGAACUAGGACGUGAAGCUAUUACUACUAAAACAACACGAGUUGAUCGUACUGCAGAUCAGCCACUAUUAGCAUAUCAUCAAGAUUUUGUCACUAAUAAAGAUUAUUCUAAUGUACAAUCAGUGUGGCUUACUGGUAAACUUCAAGGGAAAAUUGAUCAAUUAAAUACCGCAGAUCAGGGUGUUGCUUACACACGCACUGAAUAUACUCCUAAUCCAUUAAAUGAGGCUGCAGUUUUAGGUUUACCAAGUCCGGAAUUUUCUAUUACUGGACGUUAUAUAACUAAGAUGAGUCGGUAUUCUGAUAUUGCUUUUCUUGAUAAUCUGUUUCCAAUUAGUCAUGGAUAUAGGCAAAAAGUAAAACAUACAUCAAAUGGAUGUCGUAAAGUUACAAUUUUUGAUAAACGUAACAAUCAAGUAGCUCUAUAUGUACAAGUCCCAAGCUACAAUCAUUUGCUUAGUACUUAUGAAUAUGACACAGAAAAUCGUUUAGUAAAAAUCCUACCUCCGCUAUAUCAUGAAAAAGUAGAUACUGCUCUAAAAUUAACAAUGUGGCAACCAGGUGAAGAUCACCUUUCGAUUCAAGAAAAACAAUGGCAGCAAGCUCUAGCAACUUAUUUUAUGUAUGAUAAAUAUGGCCAUUUAAUACGUAAAAUUACUCCUGAUAGCGGCCUUACUGAGUAUCUUUAUAACACUGCAGGUCAAGUACGUUUUAUGGUUUCUGUAGGCUCAACUAAUCAACCUCAAAUAAUCAUCUACUUUAAUUACGACAUAAAUGGUCAAUUAAGCAGUACUGGUUACUUCAAUCAACUAUUACCUAUUGAUAUUUUACAAAUAUAUUUAGAGAUACAAAAUAUACCAAAUGUUCGUGAGUAUCAACAAUUUGACUAUGCUGAUGAUCAGCUUAAUCCAUUAUUACGUGGACGUGUUAAAUAUUGUAUUACUCAAAAUCAAGGAGAGCCAAUCAUUGACAAACUAACAUUUAAUGCUCAGCAACAGAUCAUAUCAAAAAGUACUAUUACUCUAUCAGGAGAAGCUGAUGGUGAUCAACUAAUUGAGUUAACGAAACAAUAUGUGAAUAAUAAGAUAAAUAUACUUACAUAUCCAAUAACGGUUGAUGGCAAACCUUUAAGUAUAGUACAUAGCUAUAAUAGACUUGGUCAAUUAGUGGCGCUCGGUACUAACGAGCAACCAAAUUAUUAUGCUAGUUUUAGCUAUCACGCAAUUGGUCAGUUAGCUAGUGAACACUACGAAGCAAGUACACAACAUGGCUUUAUCCGCAGAUAUCGCUAUAAUUCACCCGGUUUUCUUAACCAGAUCGCAGAUCCUUUUUUAACUGAAGAAAUCACCUAUACAGAAAACGGUUACGGUCACGCAGGUUACGGCGAUGGUUUAAUCAUGCAAACAGCUUUUAAUGCUAGUUGGCCAGUUAAUGCUGAUGGCAAAUGGUUUCAGCUCCAAGAAGCUGAGUUAGUUAGUAAUUACUCAGCAAUAUGUAUGAAUGCUUUAAAACGCACAGGCUAUGUUACUGCUCAUAAUAAACCAGUAAAAUUAUAUAUUCGUGAUAUAGAAACUACUUUACCGUUGGUGUGUGGCGGUGAAACUGGUCGUAAUAUAGCUAAACUGAUUGCUGAAAAGCUGAUUCCAAAUUAUUAUGGCCACCGUUAUGCUUAUGGUAAUCAUCAAGAGUUGGUAAAAGCAAAAUAUUUUACCGAUGAUAGUCAAGCAUUUGUUGCGCCAUUACAAUCAGAUUCAUUUGUUAAAAGAAUUCCAAAUUUAACAAACAAGCAAUCUCAGCAUAUUUGGCAAUUACUUGUUAAUACUGGUUAUAUCAUUACGGAUCAACAACGUACUGAUUCAGCGAAUACUAUUGGUAAACGUGGAAAAUCAUUCUUGCGUAGUACAGAGUUGCGUAAUGAUCUACUAGCUUUAAGCAGUGGCUAUAUUUUAUUUGCUCAGGCAAUUGAGCGAUUAGUUGUAGCAGCCAUUAGUAAACAGCAAGAAAUAUCGCUCACUGAUUUUGAAACAGUUUUUUUACAUUGGCAAGCUAUUGAUCAAUCAUCAUUUAUACUUGUCCGGAAUCAGGAAAAAGCAAUAGCUAAGCAGAUUGGUCAAAUGCUACUUGAUAAGGGCUACUUACCAACACGGACUACAGGGUUUACUGCUACUUUAGGUAAAAAUUUUACAGAUACUUUGCAUCAAUAUGUUACUUUUAUACCACAAAUUGUCCAAGUACUAUCACAGCAUUUUGCAUAUAGCUUAGGUGAAGCUACAUUUGAUGUAGAAUCUUAUAAUAUUGAUGCUAAUGGUAACCAUCAUCUUUUUUAUACAGGGUUUAACCGUUAUGAGCUAGCCUACCGUAACACCACUAAUCAAAUUAAAAAUAUAAAAUUAAAUUGGCCUGCUGGACCUACUGAGCUACAAGCAGAGCAGACUUUUGCUAUGCAGCAUGAUGACCAAGGCAAUGUGAUUCAGGCUUUGCAUAAGGAUAUUCAAUCCAUCAAGUAUCACCCGGUUUCUCAACGCAGUACACAUAUACAACUUACCGAUGGUCGUACUUUACGCUUUUACUAUGAUGCACAGGGUGAGAGAAUAUUAAAACGUGUGUUUAAUGCGGAAGGUAAAAUUAAUCAGGAGACACAUUACCUGCGUGAUGAACAAGGUAGAGUUUUAGUAGAUCGUCAGACUAAAUAUUUACCUCAAACAACUCAAGAAAUCGUCACAGCUUAUUUAUAUGGACCUAGAGGAUUAUUAGGAUUUUUCCGUAACAAUAGCUUCUAUGGUGUUACUACCGAUCAUGCGGGUUCAGUGCGUUUGGUACUGAAAGAUGGCAAAGUGGUAGCAGCAUAUGAUUAUUUACCGUAUGGUCAGUUAAUGCGUUCUUAUGGUAAUGAUCCACAAGCACAUAUUAUGUAUCGCUAUACAGGUCAGGAAUGGGAUGAGGAAACUGGUCUUUAUAAUUAUCAUGCAAGAUUGUAUGACCCUAGUAUAGGUCGUUUUUAUCAGCCAGAUCCAAAAGCACAAUAUUUUAGUCCAUAUAAGUAUGCCGGCAAUUCACCAAUUUCUACAAUAGAUCCUGAUGGUGAGUUUGCUUUUCUUAUAGCUGGCAUAAUAUUUGCUGUAGCGGGUGCUUACCUCGGAGGUGCUGCUUCUAAUAAUCGCUGGAAUCCAGUAGACUGGGACUUUAAAGAUCCUGGCACUUGGCUAGGUAUAGGAGGAGGUGCAUUAGCUGGUGGCUUACUACCGAUUGGGUUUGGAGCUUCAGUUGCUACGAUAGGUUCUAUAGCAGGUAGCACUGCCAUUGGAGUAGGAGCUACCAUUGGGUUAGGAGCUGGUGGUGCUUACCUUUCUACUGCUGCUGCUAAUCAAAAUUGGAAUCCUGUGCAAUGGAAUUGGGAUCGCCCAAAUACAUGGAGUGGUCUAUUCCAAGGAUUUGGUGCUGGCUCAGGAAUAGCUGGUGGUAUCGGUUUAGCACAUAAUUUUGCAAAUACUGGUAAAGCACUGACAGUAUUCAGUAAAGCACUAGGAGUUAGUAGAGAUUUAACUAAGGUAAUGUUCCUAGGUGUAAGUUACACAGCAGGUGGUGGUUUGGCGUAUGGUGCUGGAGUUAGUGCUAAUAACGGUAAUUUUGCUUUCUGGCAGUGGGAUUGGGAAGGUCCAACUACAUGGUCUGCGUUAGUAGAUGGAUUUGAUACCGGAAUGGGAUGGCCACAAAAUUUUAUAGAUAUAAGCCGUGGUAUUAGCAAAUUAAGUAAACGUUCUCCCAAAUCACAUAGUUUAUUAGGUAACCCAUCAAAAAUACAUAGAUUAAAAAUUAUCUUAAAAAAUCCUAAACAUCCUCUAUAUAAAGUAACAACUAGUAUAGUGAUGGCGUAUUUCAUGGGAAGUUCAGCUAAUGGAGAACUAGAUAUUACUCGCUGGAGUUUAGCAAGCUUUUCAACCUAUGAAGGAGUACUGAAUGGUAUUUUCUUCGGCAAAGAUACAUCUAAUAUGUUAAAACAGGCACGCACUGGCAAAAUGAAGCAGUGGUCUAACUCACUCGCUCCUACCUACAAAAAUAAAUUAAAACAUUGGGCAGGCAAGUUCGGUCAUAUGCUCGAUUAUAUACAAGAUUUCCGUAUAAAGAUAGAGUCAAAGCGAGUAACAGAGCUAUUGUUCUCUUCUGAUAAAAGACGACAAGACAAAUUACAACAAUUAAGAAAUGUACCAGACGCUCCCAUACUAGAUAUUGAAAAUUUCUUCAAAAGUGGUUUAGAAAAAUGGAAAAAAAGCAAUAUCGAACCACCAGACGUAUUAAAGCAUCUUAUAUCACAAGAAGCAGAGCAAAAGGUACUCAGCAGCACCCAAACACAAAAACUGAUUGAAUGGAGAACAGAGGAAGGAGAAUUAUCAAGAAAACAACAAGAAGUAUUUUCUGAUCGAGAUGCGGAAUUUCUGAAUUGUCAUAGUAUUGCAAGACGUCGAAAACGAGGAGCUGACACACUAAGUUGCGUUCCUUCUAUAUCCGCUGCUGCUGCAGCCAUACCAGAAACUCACAGUAAUAAGCCUAAGGAUGAAAUAAUUGUGCAGUUCUUUGAUAGCACUGAUCCGGGAAUAUUACGUGGUACACCUGAAAAUAAUGGCUAUGUAUCUAUUCAACCAAGUAAUAUAAAUCAACCUGAAGGCUUUGCAGAACAUUUCAGCUUAAUAUUACAACAAACUCCAACUCUGCUUGGACCAUCAAAACCACAGUUCUGGCCUAAUUUUAUUUUAGGAUCACUUUAUACGGUACCUGCUGAAUUAUUUAAUGUCAAAAAGGAUGUUUAUGCAAAAAUUGAAACUGUAAAAUUUCACCCAUAUACUGGUAAACGCGGCAACACUGAGCAUAAAAUCCUAAAGACUGUCUUUAAAAAAGAUGAUCAGACAUUGGUGUUAAAAACAUUCAUUGCUGAAGAACAUCGAUUUACGUCUAAGCAAGCUAUGAACGUUAAACAGAGUAUUCAUGAAUAUUAUAAGCAAAAGCUUGAUUUAAAUAGUAAAUAUAGUAAGGAUGAAUUAGAUAAAAUAUCUACAAAACUAUUAGGGAUAAACGAUAAUUAUAAAAUAGAAGAAAAUGUAUUUUAUAUUGACGUUGAUAAUUCACUUUCUGUAAAGGCAUUGUCAUCAACAAAAGAAGAUUAUCAGUAUAAGGAUACUAGUUCUGAAGAGUUUCAGAAAAUAGAAUAUACUAAUAUAGAUAUAGAACAUCUAGAAGGUCUUUCUAAUGACAAUAUAAACAAUGUUAAAUCUAGCAUUGAGGCAAUUUCUCUAAAAUUAUUAAAGAUGUACAAUUCAUUCAAAAUAGUCGAAAUGUCCAAGAAGGGCGAAUCCGAGUUUAAGAAAGGAAACCAAUUCGGUUCUGAAAUAGAAUCUGAGGCUGCAUUUCAAGGGUUCUUUUAUGGAGUUUUCGCUUCAAACUUUAAAUACCGUUAUUACUUAGAUAUUUAUGUAGAGCGUACUGCUGGAAAAGGUUACGCUGAUUUAAUGAUACUCUCUCGUAAGGGUAACGGAGACAAUAAAAAUUGGCGGGCUAUUCCAAUAGUUAUAGAGUUUAAAGCAGAUGCUACAUCUUCUGAUCGUGCUAUCGAUCAGAUAAAGAGUACCGGUUAUCUUUAUAAUCUUAGCAUGAGAACCAUAGCUGAUCAAGCUGUAAUUGUUGGCAUUAAUUCUAAGAUUGAUUCUGCUCAUGUUGCCCAAGUUCUCAAUGUUAAGAUAGAAAAUAUACCGCAACCUGAAGGAUUGAUUAAUCCAUUGAUUAAAAAUAUUAAUGACCAUAAAAAAACUGAAUAUAUUGAAAACACUAUUAAAGAGGAACUAAAACAUUUAUAUUACUCUAUUUCCCCUUUAGCAAUUAAAACUAAUGACCAUUAUUACCUCAGUAGAUUAAUUUUAGGAGAAUUUUUAUCAGGAGGUGGUGCAGAAAAGGUACAUGUGUAUAACGCAAAGAAUACAGUAAGUACAUUUGUUUUUCAAGAGAAGAGAUCCCAGAGAUGGAUAAUGUUAAAUGUAGUUGAAAGUAGCAAAGAUAAAAUUUUUCAAGAUGUGAAUCUUGAUGAAAUUGAAAUUCCUUAUAACGUACAUAUUAAUAGGCUUACUAAAAUUGAUAUAAAAGUAAAUCAUAAUUCGAAAAUGGGUUGGUCACCCGAAGAAAAAUUAAAAACAGAUGAGGAGACUAAAGAAAAACAGAAAAAAUUAUAUUUUUUCCAAAAUGUUGAAGUAUUUGAACAUCAAGAUGUAUCAAAUUUUAGACAAACUAAUAAUUAUAAAAAACUAACUUCUAUUUCAAUACAAAACUUUUUCUCUCGAGGCAACAUCGAUACCGAAUUAAAGCAAUUAUCACAAUCUCUAAUGUCUAUACGAGGUAUGGUUAAUAGCGAGAGUGAUUUUCAAGCUAUAUUACACGGAAUGUUUUUUGGUAAAUAUGAUAAAUUUAACACUAUAAAAGUGCUACCAGAAGUUAAUACGUCUAAAUCAGGUAGAAUUGAUCUUGUAAUAUCCAAAAUUGUACAGAUGAGUGGUAAUGAACCAAAAAGUGGAGAUGUUAUUAUUAUGGAACUUAAAUAUGCUAAAUAUAUUUCCGAUGCUGAGAACAAGCUUAAUGAAGCAAAUGAACAGAUAUAUAAAUACCUACCGAAUUUAAAAUCUAUUACUGAUUUAAAAAAAGUAACCCCUAUUACACUUGUUUUUAAUAAAAACGCAAAUAUAGGUGAAGAUGUUAUGCUAUAUAAAAUACAUAAUGAUGCGACGAUUUCUCAUACUUCUGAUGAUGAAUCAGACUUGAUAAGUAUGAGAUCGUCUGACUCAGAUAUCACACCAUUUUCUAAAAAGUCUAGAAUAGAUAACCUAAUAAAGAGAUCAAUAAACUAUACAAAAGGCUAUGAAAGUAUAUCUGUUGUAAAUAUUAGUAAUAGAAGUGUAUUCGGAGAAGAUGAUUCUUAUAUUACACUUAAUCAAGAGAAAGGUACAAAUACAAAAAAUAGCCACUUUAAUGUUGUAUCUUCAGGAGCAAGUAGUAGGUUGCAGUUCUGGCCUAUCAAUUUCGUUAAAAAUAUAGGAAUUAUAAUUUCGUCUAUUUUACCUAAUAGUUGGAUAUCAGAUAUGACAAAUCACAAUGCCAAAUCGCUGCCCCCCGAAUCUUUACCAUUAUCACAAACAGAUCUACCAGUCAAACAGCUACCACUUCAUAAAAAUCAAGAAGCUGGGUCAACUUUGCUGGAGAUGGGCGAUCAAUGGCUGAACAAUACUGAUAUAAACGGUCUUCUGACCUUUGGUAUAUUGUUGGUAAGAAAAUGGACAGGAUAUAAACCACAAUCUUCUGAAUUGUUAUCUGAUAAUCAGGCAAAUAGUAUAGAACUAGAUAUACAAUCAGCUACUUUAGUAGAUGUAUUUCAAAAUGUAGUGUUAAAGCAUGCUCAAAUUUGUGGAAUUAGAUCAUGUAUGUCUGAUAUUUUUGAAGAUAGUGAAUUAUAUAGUAAAACUAUACAAGUAGUGCGUAAAGAACUAGCUAUAGGGAAACUAGCAGCUAUUUCACAACUGAUGUAUCAACAAUUAGUACACAAUAAUAUUAAAAAGGUAGCAUCAAAAUCAACUCAGGCACAAGCAAAUAAAUUAUUAGCUAGAUUAGCUGACGAUAUACCUAAUUUACAACAACAAUUCUUGGAUUAUGAACAGGAGUGGUUAUCAAAUAGAAAACUUGCAAUGAAAACAAUGGCUUCUCAAGUUUAUUGUAAUAAUAUUAAAGGGGCUAAUGUUGGUAUUCUUAGUCAAGCAAUAUCAAGUAUGCAACAAUCAGAACAACUUGCACAGCAAUAUCCAGCAGUAAUAACAACUAUAAACAACUCAGAAAUUUUUACAAAUAUAACUGUGUCCGGAACAGAUAUACCUCUUUAAUUUAAAAAAAAUUGAUAAAAUAAUUAGAGAGGGAUUCCAUAUACAGGGUGUCCGGAAAGGGUGCUCCCAACACUUAACGGGGCAUCAAAAAUUAAUAUGACAAGUUUCGAUGGUUAUCCGAUAAUUUUAAAAUUUGUUACACUACUUACAUAUGAUAAUUUCCAUUAUUAUACGAGUGAAGGUGAAUAGAACACAGACUUCUCCACAAUAAAUGUAUUUUACCUCCAAUCUAAGGGAAAACGCUCGACAUGUUUCGGGCACAUUUGGGAGCUAGAAGUGGUACAAAUCUACUUAAGCAGAACUUAAACCAAGAGAAAACAUACCUUAAGCUGUAAGAAAUGUGCUGGGUGUCUUCCUAUACAGGGGGACAGCAAAACCUAAAUAGUUAAACUUAGUUGAGGCGAUAAUCAAUAGUAUGAUUUUCGCUUCUGAGAUUUGCAUCGUUAAGUGUUUGUCCCACCUUUUCCGGACUCCCGUAUAAUUCAUAAUUGCUUAAAAAUUUUUUUUAAAGGUUUUAAAAUGGACAAUAGUAUACGUAGUGUUCUAGCUUGUAGUCAGUUGCUACUACAGUUUUUAGCAGGUGUCAACAUUACUAAAGAUGUGCUAUUCUCAUUUUACCAAUUAUUGGUUCUGGUCUAAUAGUAGUAGUACUGUUAAGCGAAUAGGCCUUAAAGGCCCUUUUCAUGAUGACAUGACUUUUGGCCACAGUGGUCUAUUAUUCCAACUCUCUUUUUUUGUGAUUCCCACCUUAAAUUUACUAUCGACCCUAAGCCCACUGUCAGGUGGGACGCCCUUUGCACAUAGGAUUGGAAGAUCCCGACGCAUGGCGGUCCCUAUUUUUCUAUGUCCCUGACGUGGGUGCUUUUCAUACUUUGUGGAGCUGCAUUCUAUCUUCUCUGGUUCUGGUCUAAAUGACCUCAAUAAAAUUUAUCAUGUCAAGCUCAAACCAAAAAGCUAGUAUAUGAUAAACUUACAGAUAAGGAUUUACCAGUAGUAUUUCUUUGCGAAAAUGAGCGUUCCUUUCGACACAGACGUGAGAGGAAGAUCAUUUUGAAGUCGUCGAGAAAAAGAUCUAGAAGAUCGAGAAUACUGGAAGAAAGUAGUACAGUCAGCCAAGACCCACCCGGGGUUAUAGAGCUAGCCGAACAAGAAGAAGAAGUAAUAUUUCUUUCAACUGAUGAGAGCAUUGCUGGAGCUGAAACAGUAAAAAGCCUAGCAAUGGGGUCACGUUUAGCAAAACGCUGUGUAACUCAAACUGGAGAUUCAAUUUAUGCUAGAGCUAUCGUACUCCAAUAUUAUAAUAUUUAUCUAGUCAUAUGCUGCAACCUAUUGGUAAGAUAACUAGCAUAUUAAUCUGAUGGUAUGGUGAUAAGUCCGUUAUUAACCUUGAAAUUACUGUUGGUCAAUUAAUUACAUUUAACAUGUUACCUCAGCGUUUUUCUGGACAUUUAGCGGGAUUACUUGAGUUAUGAGGACAAUUUGUGCAAGCACAAAUAGCAUUGGAUAAUUAAUUUAUAUUAAAUUAACCAAUUGAACAAAGAGCAUUAGAAAUACAAUAACAAUAAGUCACAUAAAAACAACCUGCUGCAGUCUAUCGAGAAAAAACUGGAAAAGUUUUGGAGCAGCGCCACAACGGAUUCUGAUGAAACCAAAAAUACAAUGCAUAAAAAGUCUGCAGUUGACAACGCAAUUAAACUCCUUAGAGAACAGAAUUUGCCAAGAAACUUAGAAUCGUGCACAGAGAGUAAAUUGAUAAAAAAAAAACAAGAGCAGUAUCGAUAGACAUUUUAUCUGUGGAGCCGAAACCACUACAAACAAGUAGAUAAAACGUCAAACAAAAGCAAGGAAGAAUGGAAAUCAAAAGAGUGCGUGAAUGGGGGCGGCACUGAGCCAAAAUCUGAUUGUAAAGUGCCUCAAGCUGGGAAAAAGGAACGACUCAAAUCCGCAUUGCUGGAUAGUCAGACACUUCCAAAACCCUUACGAUUAUGCAAAAACCGACAGUUUGUUGGAAAAAGUAUCUGUUGCUAACGAGAAAAGCAAGUCCAAGUUGCCGAUAAAUUAUUUCAAGAGGAGUUUAAAUUUAGACAGUCUACCUGAACCGUUACAGUUUUUCAAAACAACAGCGCUGAAAUUAAACCGGGAAGAAGAAAUUUCAAGCUAGAUCUAAACCGACAACCGUCUACAAGUGGACCGGUUUCAAAACAACCAGCAGGCCCAAGUGGAAAGUGCCAAGAUGACUUGCAAAAUAAUAAUGGAAAGCGAAAUUCUUUGACGACUACCGAUAAUGGUUCGACCAUUCGCUCUCCUACGAACGAUUAUAUGACGUCGGACCUUUGGCCUGCAUAUUCAGAUUGUCACCAUCAAAACGACUUACACUUUCCACAGUCUCAUUACGGUCACAUUGCGUAUUACGGAGAGGAAAACCAGUAGGCUAUUUAUAUAGUAAGAAAAAAAUGCUUCUAGACUAGAUUCAACGAAAAGUCGAAACCGCGCUGAGCCAGCUUCGCACACACUUACAAAGAUCUUAAUCUGUAUGGAAGAAAUCAUGAGAGAGAGUAUUCAAGGUUUGAUCAUAGCUCAUUGAAUAAGAGAGCUACCAAAGCCCAAGCGUUUCCAUAAGAACCAGGUUUACAUCGUAUAUUCCCGAACAGAAUCCAACACCCAGAAGUUCCAGGCAAUAAAAACCAGUGCCUCUGUUCUAAAUGACUGCCUGAAUGUUCCAGACGGUGAACAAAACUUGACUCACUCUUAUCAGAAUGUUCCGGACCGUAUCAGAGUUUAACAAGUCAUUCGUACCGAAAUUAAACUCCUAUCGAACGUACAGUAGCAGAAUUGCGACACUCAGUACAAUUGCCAGCUAGCUCAAUUCCAAGACGAUUCAGUCUGUUGUUCACUGCCCAACACUACAAAGAGGCUCGGUUUUACCACACUAUUCUACAGACAGGCCGUUUUCAAUUAUCCAGUCUCCUACAGCUUCCGAAUUUAUUUAAGAUAUUGCUAUUUUUAUACCUUAUUACUUUAAAAUUGUGUUUUUAAUUGCCCUAACGUUCUUUAAUGUUGCCUCCCUAAAUACCGUUCUUCCAUGGUUUUUCUUCAAAGGUGCUGCAAAACGCUAGUUUAUUUGCUUCCUUUCCCAGGUUUUAUCACCAGGUUGUGUGAACAUACUAUGACUAACUACUAUAUUUAAUAUUGUUAAUUGAACACAAACUUCAAUAUUUUCAGUAGAGUGUUCAGUAUUUGCUGAAUUAAGAUUUUACAAUUGAAAAUAUAUGAAAAAUAAAGUUUAUUUUAUAGUCCAGGUAAACUAAAAAGCCUGUAAUUGAAUAUGUUCAAUACUAAAUAUUUAUUAUUAGGUUUUAACUUAUCAACUUUUGAGUGAUUGUUAAACAUAGACAGUUUCAGUUGAAAAAUGAUAGUUUUAAGUUUAAUGGUGUUAAAUGGUAAUAUAGUUUACUAUUUCGUCUUAGAUUUCAUCUACUUUAGACCCACUUUAUUUUCAAGCUCUUUGAGUGGAUGCAACUUUUAUUGAAGCGCUGAGUUACUAAUUUUGAAAAUUCAUUUCGAUAAAGAUUUUAUUUCUAGUUAAAAUUAGUCGCUUUGGAUUGAUUUAAUUUGAUUAAAAAAUUGUUCCGCAAAUUCCAAAAAAGUCAUAAUAUAUUUAUUGAUGCUCUUAUGAUAUUGCUGCAAUGUACAGUCGGCGGCACAUAAAAGUAAACGACUCCUAAACGGAUUUUUCCAGAUUUUGGUUAAUCAGGCUUUGUGAAAAACGUCAAAUAUAUGUACGAUGUAUGCCACAAACUUGUUUUAAUUUGACAAAUUCAUUCAUCUCUUUAUAAAUUGUGCUGUUCGAUUUUCAAAAUCUCUCAACUACUGUUUUUAUUGUUCAUUCUUCCUCGAUUAACGUAGUUAUUCGAGUUUUUUCAAAUACUUUUGAAAGUAUCAUUUUUAUAAUAGGAAAAUUAAUUUGUCAGUAUUGUGUUAUUUACGCAAAUAUAGAUCGAAGUAGAAAAUCAGAUUUACCCAACAACUAUUUACUCGUGUAGUUUUAUGUGACGCCCACUGUACAUAGAAAUGCAGUUAAAACAUUUUUUUUUAAUUUGCUGUGUGAGCUUGCUAUGUAGAGUAUGUUAACGUUUGUGAUUUUGUAAAAGUAAUAAAUUAUAUUAUUAUAAAAACUA